CGAUCUUUGUGAAGAAUCCAAGAAAAGAAGAAUACCGCUAGCUAGCUUGUAUCAGUAGUAGACGUUUUGUUGAAAACAACGGCAAAGGUGACACACAGUUGCCAUCGUCGCUGUUGAAAAAGCAGAUUCGUCUUGCUGUUUUUGGUUUCCCCAGUUUCCCCGAACCAGGCAGGAAGCAGAGGUAAUCACGUUUUGGAAUUCCCCACAAUCCCACCCCAGGGAGUUGAGGUAAUUUUAAAAACAAGCAGCAAAGCUGGUAAAACCUUGCCACACUUGUCACGCUCACUGCACCCAUACCAAUCCAACGAAACUAGCCUCCAAGCAACCUCAAGACAGCAGUGAACAUUUGGAGAUCUCCCCAAGUACCCUCCAAGACCAACUGAAACCUCGCUUUUCAGUUGCGGUAGUGGCCCCAAGUUUGUGACUUGCAUUCGCGGUGUUUGCGUUUAUAACCGGCCAGGCCGUCGCGAAAGCUAUCGCGAAAUUUUUGCGACGAUCAUCAUGUCAGAUUCUGAAGACAAAAAGCCGGCGGCAAAAAGCCACAACAACGCUGUGGACGUAGCUGCAGAGGAAGAUUCUACUCAGGAAGAAGACAACUACGCUAGUGCACAACACCAGCUGCAACAACAACAGCAUCACGACCAGCAACAGCAAGUUCAACCAGCGCUCCAGCACCAGCAAGUGGCAGGAACAAACAACCCGCCUCACGCAGCACCCACUCGCCAAACUGGAUCCAUUGCAACUUGGUGCAAUAGUGAGGUGUAUGUUUCUCAGGAUGAAGACAACAUGGCAAGUAUUGAUCAAGAUAUGAUCAUGGACAUGCUUCGAAUCACAUACACCAUUGGACAUGCUGAUGGUGAUGUACGUCACCAGUUGGCACAA